CCGGCUUGUAGCGCGCCGCCGCCGCCGCCGGAACCGGCGUGCUGCCUGCCCGCCUCCUUCCCCCCGCCGCGGGGCCGAGAACCACCAUGAAGAUCUGGAGCUCGGAGCACGUGUUCGGGCACCCCUGGGAUACAGUUAUCAAAGCUGCUAUGAGAAAGUAUCCUAACCCAAUGAAUCCAUGUGUGGUAGGAGUAGAUGUCCUUGACAGAAGCCUUGAUAAUCAGGGGAGGUUGCACAGUCACCGUCUUCUCAGCACAGAAUGGGGACUACCAAGUAUUGUAAAAGCGAUUUUAGGAACAAGUAGAACUCUGACUUAUAUUGAGGAACAUUCUGUGGUGGAUCCAGUGGAAAAAAAGAUGGAACUUUGCUCCACUAAUAUUACUCUCACAAAUCUGGUGUCUGUUGAUGAGAGACUGGUUUACACACCUCAUCCUGAAAACCCUGAGAAAACUGUGCUAACUCAAGAAGCAAUUAUUACUGUCAAAGGCAUUAGCUUGAGCAGUUAUUUGGAAAGCUUAAUGGCAAACACAAUAUCUUCUAAUGCCAGAAAGGGUCGAGAUGCCCUGGAAUGGGUGAUUAGCAAAUUAAACACAGAAUUGGAGGAGUUGAAGUCAACGCGCGAAAACGUGAAAUCAGCUAUGGCAGCAGCAUCAACAGAAAACUGAAGCAAAGAACUACCAAGUAAACUAAUAGAAAAGUCUUAUUCUGCAAAAUUUUUGUAGAUCUCCCUUCCAAGAUUGAUCUGCAUGUGUUUUAUGUUUAUAAAAAUAUUGAAUCAGAAGAAAAAUCCAGGAAAAAUAACCUUAUCCCCUGUCUCCACAGCAGCUCCUGUUGCCUACUGAAUGUGACCUCCUGCAAAUGCUCUUUUGGUUUAAACAACCUCCUUUAAACAGUGAGGAAAAAAAAAAAAACGUUUAGCACAUUUCAAACUGUGCCUUCUAUAACAAAAGUAGAGAAUAUUUCUUGUAAUUUAUACCAUCUUAGCUUUUUGUACUCUAACUUUAAAAGAACUCCUGUGUGUGUUAAGGGUUUUUCAUAAGAGCAUUUGUUCUGUGAAGGUCUGAUAGGUACUAAAGCACUGAAUUUUGAAUGGUCAAAGAGGCUACAAAACAGACAAAGGGAACUAUGUGAGAGAAUGUGAUACUAUAGAAAAAGAUACCUAGAGGAUCAUCCUGAAAAGCUGAAACUUGUGUGGUACUAACUCUUAGAUGUUUAAAUGUGCUGUCUGAACAAGACACACAGAUACAUUACCUCUUGGAUGUUUGUAUCCAAACAUAAAGUUUCUAUUGAUGUUAAUAGUCUAAACUGCUUUUUGUAGGGAGAAGGUUGUAAUUUAUUGUCAUAUUUAUUAACUUGCUGUAGUUCCUCUCCUCACUACCAGAAGAGCAGUGGUAAUUCUUGGAAGGUGCUGGAAAAUACUUUUCUUUUGUAAUACAGCUACUUAUAGGCUACUUGAAUGAAGAGACUGUGCUGUUCCACUGGUUCUUGCUUUUGACAUCAUGUCUUAACUGAGGAAGAGACUCUGCAAUAAGUAGAAGAGCUCAGAUGAGAAAUAAGCAAGAAACUUGAAAUUCAGAGAGUAUUAUCUUAUAAGCAGGUACCUUCUCUUCUCUAAAAGAAGACAAAAGUAGAAGGAAAACAAAUGGACUCUCCUUUUUCAGUGCUUUCCACAAACUACUGACUACUGGUUUAAUUUAAGGGUUUUUUUAACACUUUGCCAUAUUGGCACAAAAUGUUUUUAGGAUCAUUUUAAACAUUUGUCAUUAUGUGGAAAAAUACUCUAGUAACUGCAGAAAUGGCUUUCUUAAAACAUACAUAAAUACAGAUUGAUAACAGAGUGUUAGCCUUUGUUUGAAGUUCACAAAAAUUGGUCCAGGCGUAGUAUACAUUUCUUAUGCAGCCCUCUGUUUAGGGCGUUUUAUUUUUUUUAUUUUUUUUUUGUACACAAACUGAAGUAAAUGUUGCAAACAUGUUUAUUGGUGCCAGUGGCAACCGUGUGUUUAGGAAGCUGUUAAGAGAGCAUGGGUAAAUUCUGAAAAAGAGUAGAAGAGUAAAAAUGUUGGUCACUCCAUUUUAAGCUUGUAACUUAAAAUGUCUGUAGCUUAAAGGAGAUUGCAGUCCAUAUUUUGUACAUUAACAUGGUAGUCUAGCUGAAUUACAUGAUCCUAAUGAAUAAACUCGAUUUUUAAAAAAUGUAUUAGUCAAAAGCAAUUAACUGAGAAGCUAAUAAUUACAUUGCUCUUUUAAUAUGGACCUAAAGCCUUUAUUGUUUUGGAACAGAAACUUAGAACUUUAAGGUGUGGUAGCAGCUCCUCUUGUGGAAGAUGUGCCGAAUAGUUUUGGUGUGAGUCAGUUGUCAUGCUUUUCCAAUGAAUGUCACGCCAAUCUCUUGACAAAGAACGCAGAAGAAUGUUAUAGCUUCCUGUGAUGUCCUGCUAGAUAGGGGAAGGCAGCUACAGCAGAGCUGUGCAAAUGAUAGGAGGAGAUAAGUGUGUGUGUGUGUGUGUUUAUGUAAACCUGUACUACAGCAGUCCCAUGUAUGCCUGUUGCAGGUGAUGGAAACUUGACUGUGAAGGGGUAGAAAAGUCUUAGGACGUGUUCAUAUAUUGCUUCAGUUCAGCGCAAGAAUUGUCUAAGUCACUCCUUACACUGGAUUUGAAAUAAUUGCUUAGUGCUGUGUUCAAGUUGACUAACUAAUGUAUAGCAACUUCCAGUGCUGGCUGGUGUUCCAGAAAAGUCACUGCAGGCUCCUGCUUUCUAUCCAGAGCCAGCCUUGUCUGCCACGCUUUGGUCAGUACGAGUUAUACAUCAAUUUUCUAGAUGGCUUCCUUUAUGCUAGAGCUAGACAGCUGGGCGCAUAGUUGUCUGCUCUCUCUGCUCUUUCACUUGCCACCAGUCAGCACCUUGCCUGCUUGUGCUCUGUCCUCUUCUGCUUUUCUCUAGGCUAAACGGGAGCGAGGAGGAGGGAGAAUUUCUUCCAAAGGCCUGGCUAGUCACCCAGCUGCCUCACGCCGCUGCAGAACGGUGCUGCUCUUGCCCACCUUUUUGCCUCUGGGCUAGGUGCAACUCCUGUGCAUCUGGGCUUACCGAUCUUCCUGUGACGGGUAGUUUACAUAUGUGUUUGUAGGACCAUGCAAUAAGUGAUCACAUUUGGACUCAGUAGGCUUUGCUUCGGUAUUUAGCAGGUGAAGCGAUAUGUAAUUUGCUGUAAGCUUCCCUGGAAACUUUCACUCUUAUGCCUGCUACGCAUUUGAUUUGAAUGCCGUCCUCCCACUCUUCCCCUCCCUAGACCGUGAGUCCUGUCUGUGCGAUCUAUUGGUAUGCACCGUCCUGCUGUACAUCAUAACACAGUUUUUAAGGCACUGUCUACCACAGUGUUACAGCCUGAGGUUAGCUAUUGGGCAAACAAUUCCUUCCCCAUGUUUUCUUUAUUUAUUUACUGAUAAUGGCUACAACACAUUUCUGAAGUCAGUUUUAUGUCAUGUGUGCACUGGCUGAGCUGUUUAUUAAAGACACAAAGCCAGUAGUGAUGGAAAAUCCUAGACGGCUUGCUGAGGUAGUAGUUGGUUUGGUGCAGCAAUAGCCUGGUACAUGGGAGGAAAAAACUUACUUAUAAAGCAGGAAUAGUGUUGAGUCAAUGCUCGUUAACUUGGAAGGAUCUUGAAAUGCUGGGGGAAGAAGCAAAAGAGAGCUCAGCACUGACAAUCAAUCAUACUGAUUAACAGGUAACAACUGCAGAGCUGAAUAAGAAUCCUGUGGUUUUAGAGUUGAAAAUAGAAAGAAAAGCAGCAAUUGCUGUGUUGUUUUUUGUUUUGUUUUGUUUUUUUGGUGGGGGUGAGAUUCACUGUCAUUGCUCAGGCCCCUGAAGUUUGCAGCUUAGUGUUGCUGAACUAUUAGCUUGCAAUUCAAGGGAAAUAAUGUAGUGUGUGUGUGUGUGUGUGUGAGAGAGAGAGAGAGAGAGAGAGAGAGAGACAUGUCUGUGUAGGGAGGUGGUAGUGUUUUGAGCAUUUAUUGCGAGCUGGACUCCUGUUGAUCAGCAGCGUGACCGCUCGCCCUGCAGCGGGUUCUCAGGCCCCUGCUACAGAGGGGGCCGCGUUUCAGGCUGCCAGCUGGUUUGCGACUGCAGGGGAAAAGGUGAAGGAAGGCAGCAACAGUUCCCAGGGCUUAGAAAACUGGGCGCAUUAGCUCUUAGCCUUGAAGGAUUUUAGGAUGUUGAAGAUACCAAAUUUGAGGUAAACCUUGUUUGUGGUUGAUGUCUCUCUGUUUUUCCUUGCUAGUACAGAAAGACUAGUGUUAGCAACAAAAGUCAUUAACUUAAACCUGUGCAGUAAAACGGUCUUGUGUGUCAUCUGUAACUGUCUUGCACAGACGACGUUUUCUUUCUAACUUGCUUUGGCUCCAGCCUCACUCUUCCAUGCCCCUCCACCAUGCUUCCUGCCCCCCCUCAGCACAUCAGCAGGCACAAUGGCGAGAGCUUCAUCUUCGUAGGGAAAUGAGAAAUUCUAGCAUCAGUUACAGCAUUCGCAAAAGACUGCUUGGCACAAGCAAAGAAACUGAAUUACAAUACUUAAAAUAUCAAACAUUUAUGUAUUUGAUGCUAUAAAGUAGCACUGGGUAAGAUGAACUCAACAGUAACAUUCCUUGACCUAACAAUUUUCAUUUAAAUCCUUAGGUGGCGCAAUUUUUCCUAUUCUUGCAUCUUAGAUUGUGAGCUCUGAAGGCCAGGAAUCUGUAAAGUGUCUGUGUACACUGUGGUGCUAUCUAAAUAAAUGACAUGUUCUGUUUAAAAAAACUUGUGUAACUCCUGUCCUAUAAAACUGGCUG